UUCUUCAGUAACAAACUAAACUUGAAACGUUACGGUACUAAAAAGCUGAUUUUUCGCAUGAAAUUGUUAAAGCAACAGAAAAGGAAUAAAGUAAAUAAAGCUUGAAAAUAAUCAUAAAUAUCAUUCAACAGGUGUUUUGUGAGUGUUUUUUUUUUGGUCUUGCAACCAGCCUGAGAAAUAAUUUGUAUUUUAAUGCUAAAAUAGGGAAUUUGGAUAAAAAAUAUACAAACGACUACAACAAAAACCUAUUGAUAAUUGUAGUGUUUUCUGAUAAAAGAGUUUAAAUAAAAUUAAAAUCAGUUUAAAAAGAGCAAUAAAGAGUGAAUAGAGUUGUUCGUAGAAAAAAAAUCAAGAAGAAAUAAAUAAAAAAAUAUUAAGUUUGUUGCGCAGGCGCACAUGAAUGUGAUACCACAACAAAACGUAAUGUAUGUACGAGUAGUCGUCGUUUCGUCGGUCGGUUACAAGUAUUGUUGUUAUUGAUAUCGCUCCAUAAUAAAAAAUAUAUACAUAUAAUAAUAAAAAAAUCAUAAAAAAAGUUUUGCUUUAUUUAUGGUUUAUUUGUGUGGAAUUGAACCAGGUUGAAAACCUCGUGGCCAAAACCAUUGUAAUGUAGAUUUUUGUUUUAUAUUUAUAAUUUUUGGAGUGUUUUUGGCCUUUUUUGUGUGUAAGAGUGUUUUUUUUAGUUUAUUGUUAAUUUUCGGCCGCAUAUUAUGAAACCGUAAUAAUUCAAUAAUACACAACCACAAAAAGGUGGUGAAUGCCUUAAGAAAAAUAUAAAAAAAACAAAAUAACCAAAAAAAAAAGAUUUAUAAAUAUGUGCUGAUCAUUAUUUACGUGUGUAUGAGAUAUUUGUAAAAAAGAAGAGAAAAAGAAUAAUUAAAAUAAUAAUAAGCCAAAAGUUAAUGAUGUUUAUUUGUUGAAAACAAAAGAAUUUAUAAGAAAUACUUAAUAGCAAAAGAAAAGUAUUGUAUGGAAAAAUUAACAUAAAAUAACAAAAUUUUUAUUGAAGGUGUUAACAAAUUCAUUAGUUGUAACGGUUUUAAAGUUACAUAUUUUGUGGGUUUUAAACAAUACUGUUUAACACAAAUAACCUUAAAUACAAGAAAUAUUUUGGAUUUUAACGUUUUACAAAUUUAACAACAGCCAGCCUGACAAAUAUUAUUCGGAAAAUCCAAUUAAAAUCUUAACAAUACAAAUGGGAUUAGAAGCAAUAUCAACAACAAAAACAGCAACAAUAUUACAAACAAAUCUAGCUCCUAGUGAUGCAAGAAAAGACAAACAUUUAAAUUUUUGAUACAAAAGUGUUGUCAACAUUUACACUGGCACUUGAACAUACAAUUGUACUUGUUUAUAAUAAUGAUCAAUAAUAUUUGUGAAACUAAUAAAUCUGCAAAAACAGACACGGCCUUUAAAGCAACGACAACAGCGGCAAUUGUGGACAACAGACACAAUGAUGGUGAUGAGUCCCAUGAUGUUGCAACAGCGAAUAAUAACAACAAUAGUAGGGGUGGGAUAGUACAAACUACAUAUGGUCAUGGCAUUUGGUAUAGUGAAAUUAUUGAUGGUGCCAGUAAUACAAAUAAUAAUAAAAUUUUCCAUCAUCAACAACAAUAUUACAAUAAUGCCAAUAAUAACAACAGCAACAACAAUAAUAAAGAGAAUGCAGUCAAUAGAAAUGUAUGGUCAACAACGCGUAGUGAUGUUGUAAAGGAUCAACAACAGAAACAGCAUCAAACUCUUAACAAUAAUACGAAUAAUGAGUGUGAUAUUAUUAUUGUAGAUAUAGAAAAUGAUGACAAUGAUAAUGUUGAGGUUAAGGGGGAACAGCAACCAAUAUACAGUGUACCUCAAAAAUUUUUCAUAAAUGCAAAUAUGCAUUUUUCCAAAAAUAAAGCAACAUCAAUUUAUGACAGCAAACAUAUUGCCAAUGAUGGAAAAGUUGAUUGCAAGGCUGUCGUUAACAAUAACACGGUUGCAAUAGUUAAUGGCGAUGAGGAGGAUGAUGAUGAUUCGUUUGCAUCAAUGGAAACCCUUUCGGAUAAUGUCUCAAUAUGGAUAGAUGGUGAAAAACAUUGGGUGGCAGGUGUUGAUGCGAAUACAACCUGUUCAGAUCUAAUCUGGGCACUGCUCAAUUAUCAAAAUGGACAACAAGUCAGUCAGCAGCAAACGCAACAUCAACAUGCGUUUGCUUUAGCCACGACAAUGCCAUCGGAAAAUGGGGAAAAUAUUGCUACAUCUGUGAUUAACAAAACAAAUAGUAAUCAAUGUGAAAAGCAUAUAAUGCAACAGCAACAUCAACGACAACAGCAGCAGCUGCUGCAGCAACCACCAAAAGCAUAUGAUACAAAUGUUAUAGAUUUUAGUUUUAGCAAGAGUACAAAUGAGGACAAUAGCAAUAUGCAAUUUACAGGCAAGAAACCAAAUAUUCCAAAUACAGCUAAUACCAACAACACAACAAAUCCCAAUACCACUACCAGCAACACCAUUACCACGACUAUUAAUCAAUCAAUGCCAAUAAAUACCAAAGAAAAUUGCAAAAUAAUCCCAAACUCAACGUCAGCGACAGCAACGACGACUGCAGAAGCUGCAUUAUCAGCCACACCGAUUAUAUCAUCAUCUGCACCUGUUCCAGUUAUGACACCACCGCCACCUACACUUUUACCUCUAACAUUGCCACCUGGCAUCACAACUGUUUCGCAACUUGCCACCGAGUAUGUCAUCGUUAAACAGUAUCAUCACUGUGAGGAAUAUCUUGAUGGUAGUACAAAAGUUUUUGAUGUUUUGCCACGACGUGAUGGUUCGCAUAGAAAGGAGUGUGAAUUGUUGUUACGCCAUUUGGGUCCCGCACCAGCCGUAUACAUCAAUAAUACAACACCACAGUUGUCAUCAUUAAUCUCCACCGACAAGGACAGCGGCAUGGGUAGUCCGGUGGGUAGUGCACGUAGUGCUAAGUUUCGUCGUCGCAAGCAUAAAUCAUCCCAAUGGCUGGCACAGGCCAAUACGCUGCAUCCGAAAUUAUCACGCUGUACAAUGGGCAAUGAGCGUCUGAUGAAAAUAAUUUUAGCUCAGGAUGAGACAAUACAGCGGCAAUUGUCACUGUUACGUGAAAAGGAACGUCAAAUUACCAAGAUUGAAGAGGAGAAACAUCGUAAACGUGAACGUGAGUUGGGUAAAAACUAUUUGCUGGAAACCUAUUUAAAUGGUUUAGAUGAAGCCGAAUGCGAACCGGAAAUACAAGAUGGUGAAGAGAUUUUUAUAGAUGAACCAUAUCAUCGAGCAACCACAAUACCAGCAAUGCUACAAACAACAACAACAACUCCUAGGACAACAAAUAUGCCUGCAGGAGCAACGUUAGCUGCUGGAGCCGUAACCGAUAAUAUACCAUCAGCAGCGGAGGCAUUUAAUAUUAUGGCAAAACAUAAACUCAAGGAUAAGGAAGUAAAAAAAGAAAAGAAAAAGAAACGACACAAAGAAAAAUCCACAAUAGAUGAAAAAACUCCAGCUAAGGAUUUUAAUUUAAAAACAAAUAAAAAUAAAGAUAAAGAAAAGGUGGAUAAACAACAACAACAUCAUCACCAUCAGCAGCAUGAAUUGAAUGCUAUAGAUGGUAAACAUCACCUCAAGGACAAUGAACAGGAAAUUGAAAUGCAAAUGUUGUGGUUGGAAAAAAUCUACACUUUAAAUAAACAACUACAAAAGGAGGAAGAGCUGGCUGCCAAAUUGCAUGGCAAGGUACGCAAACAUCAGCUAAGGAUGGCCCAACAGACACAACGAGAGGCACAAAUGGAAAUUGAAAAACUGGAUAAUAAUUUGGCUCUACAAUGUGGAGAUAUACGUAAAGUUGAAGCUAACCUGAUGCAAACAAAUGAACAAUUACAAAAGAAAUUGCUUAUUUUGGAACGACUUAGUAUAGAAUAUUUGCAGGAGCAGCAAGAAAAGGAUAUAACUGAUUCGCAACAAGAUAAUAAACAGACUACUCAAAGACAAGGGGAUACCAAGACUGUUACAAAAGACUUAACAAAUCCACUUAUAAAUGAUACCAACACUAUACUCAGCAACUUGGAGAAAUCUAUAGAUAUAGAAAAAUUAUCCUUAAAUAACAUUAAAUCAAAAGAAGAGGUAAUACAAUUAGAGAAGAUUAUAGCCAAACCAAGUAUACAAUUAUGCUCUAAUAACAAGCAGCAGUUGGAGCCAAAACAAGCUGUAACCAUGGCUAAUAAUCCUGCAAUAGUAAAUAUGAAAACAACAGCAUUUCCUUUAAUAAAACAACAACAACAGCAGCAGCAGCGAGAUAAUCAAAGACUUACAAAUGAAAUAAGAGCAAAUUCCAUUAAUGGUACUUCAAAUUCAACGAAUCGUAAUAUUACUAUUACAAAUACAGAUAAUCAGCUAGAGCAGCAGCAACAACAACAACUUACAACUCCCCCCAUAAUGUCAACAACAGUUACAGCAAACACUUUGCACAGUGAAUCGGCAUUAUCUAACAGUACAAUGUCAACGUCAUGUAUGUUUAUUGAUAAAAAUAUGUUGUCGUCAUUACAUGUACAAAAUGCCAAAACCAUUAAGAAACAAAUGUUUCAUACACAAACAACAACAGCAGCAACAACAACAACACCACCAGCAGCAACAUCUUUAUUACCACAACUACCAACUCAACCCCCGCCACAACCAAGUGCAUUCCCUAAACAAAAAUUUCAACAUAUUUUACAGCAACAUCAACAACACAUGCCAAUGGCAUCUACAUUUCUAACCUCAAGGCCACAAAAUUUUCACCAAAUACCAGCUACAAAUAUUGUUUUAGUACAACAACCUUCACCCUUCUCUGCUACAUCAUCUUCUAAUUUUACAACAUCACCAUCGUCAUCAUCAUCACUAACGUCAUCAUCUGUACCAGUACCACCAGCAGCAACAGUAUCCAUAUUAAAAGCCUCACAACCACCCACCUCAGCAUCUCCCUCACCCUCUAUAAUGGCCAUGAAUACUGUAGAUAUAAGUCAAUUGGGUACAUUGGUCUAGCGCACAUGGCCUGGCCGGAGUAUAUAGAAGUGAUGAUGAUGAUGAUUAUGAUGACUUAUUGUGUACAUUAGAGAAGUCUCAUUGUAAUUAAGAAAUUUAUAUAUUUAAUAAUAAUAUUUUCUUUAUUAGAAUUUAAGUUAAAUUUAAGCAUUAAUAAGCAGAAUAAUGACUUGUUUUGUUAUUGACCUGUAUGGAGGAUUUCGUAUAGAGAAGAGAUUUUGGAAAAAAAAAUUACUAAUGAUUUUUAAAACUUAUAUAAUGCACACUAAAGCCAUUUUUACAAGAUCAUCUGGGUUACUUUAUAUUUAAUGAAGAUCAAAUGCAAUAAAUUGUUUUAAUGUUCUUUGAUGCACUUUUCCUGGUAUUCUGAUAAAAAAUAGUAUAAGGGUAGAAAUACAAUAUUGCGGCUGCGGAGGCGGAUAUUUUUUUAUAUUGAGUUUUGAUAACUUAAACGGUUGAAGAAAUCCGCACCAAAUUAAAAUUUAUUUUAAUUUGUUUACGGAUUUUCUCUCAUUUACAUUUAGAGUUGCUAUGUCAUUCAUACUUUUCAUGAACAAAAACCAUGUGGUGAAUAAAUAAACUAUGAAAUACAAAAACAAAAAACAAUAAAAUGGUUACAAAAUCCGGAAGCAGAAAACGCAAUCGCAUCCGCAGGUUUGUAUUUCUACUCUAAUAUUGAUAAACCAAGAAAAGUAUAUACAGGGACUAUAUUCAAUAGAUUAAAAGAUUAAAUGGCAAAAUAUCCGCCAAACUUUCCCGCAUCAGUGAUAUCAAUUUUAUAGCAAUUUUUAAAUUUCUCUAUCUUAAAAUAAGAAAUAUUCUGAAUGCGAAACUCUCUUUCUUAUCCAAAGAUUGCUUUAAACUAUAUUAUUUUGGAUAAUUUUCUGUUUGCAACAUAAGUUUUUAUACUAAUAUGGACAUGCUUAAUAUUAAUAAAUAAAAAUUAAUAAAAAAAUAUUUAAAAUUGGUUUAAUAGCUUUCAAGAUAUCGCUCAUUAUGAUACUAAUUUCAUUAGUUUUAACAAUAUUACAUUGAUUUUGUACAUAAUUCUUAUAAUCUGUUUAUUUAUUAUUUUAGAUAGAAACUAUUGAAUAUAGUCCCAACAUAUAUAUGUAUAAGGGCUUCCCUAUUAUAUGAAAAAUAAUAAAGUGCUGAUAUUCCCUGUUUAAAUGAAAGGUUGUUCUGUUCUAAGAUAUCAUUGCUUAAAAUAUUUAUCUUGCGGUCACUAUUCUUUGAGCUGGGUCAAGGGAUAAAAAUAUCUAUAAUUUUUUAUAUAGAGUCAAGCUCGAUGUCAUGUGUGUUGGUCUGUUUUAUAAACAUGAAAAAUUUUAUGUAAAAAUUUUACAAACAUACUUUUCUAAAUUUCUAGACAUGAUAGCAAUUUAAUGUUAUCUUAAUUCUGGAUCAUUAUAGGAUCAAAGAGACGAUCUAGACAUGACUUUUCAUAUGUCCAUCUUUAAAACCAUUAGUUUAUAUUUACCUUUAUUCUUUAGAUUUUUAACGCAAGUAUUAAGCUAAUAUUAUUAUUAAAAUUACAACCUUUUACAAAGAAUCGAAUUUUCAACUAUAACCAUUUAAAACUCAGGCUUAAAGGGAUCAUAUUUUCAACAAGAUAUAUAAAUAUUCUUAACACAUAGUUCUGAUUAUUUAUAAACAUUCUGAUAACAUCUGAUAAUUUAUAAACAUUUCGAAAAUGGGUGAUAACGGUCCACGAUUUAGCCUAUCCCCCGUAUAAGGUCCUAUUAAUAAUGCAAUUAUAGCGGUUCACAACCAAUUAUUAUUUCUAGAUAAUUCGUUUUUGAUAUCAUUAAUUUAUACUUAAUAAAUUAUUCAAAAAUCUCACCAUAAAAAAUGUAGAAUAAAUCCUAUUAAUAAAUAAAUUGCAGGUACGAGUCUAUCUUCCGAAAUUCAAUAUUUUUUUUUAAUUGAAAGAUCCAAAACUACCUGUGAUUUUUAUAAAGUAUCGACGAUAUACAAUUCAUAACUACAAAUAACAAAAUAACCCAUAAAAAGGACCACUUUCCGAAAUUCAUGUUAGUUUUACAGGUUACGAUUUAUAUAGCCGAAUAUAACAUUCUCCCUUGUUCGGUUUUAUAAAUUCCGAUUUAGACCUUUUUAUUUGAAAUUUGUAUUGGCUUUAAGACGAUUUACAAUUAAACAUCUUAAAGAAAUAACAAUCUAUACGAAAUCUUCCUCAAAUUUCCAAAAAUAAAUAAAUUUAAGUAAUUUAGUUGAAUAUUGUAAUUCUAGAAAUAUUUAAAGUUUAAACAACUAAAAAUCAUUGUUAAAAUACAUUUAAAUAUUUAUA